AUGAAAAGUGUUGAUGCAAUUGUUUUACGCGCAAUCACAACGCAACAGAAACGUUUACGUAUAAGCAAUAAAGAACUUUACUAUUUACCAAACAAUAUUGAAUUUCUCAACUGGCUUGUAAUAUUAGAUAUACGUUCAAAUAAGUUAUCCAGCUUGCCAAUUCUUCCAAAAAAUCUACAACUGCUAAAUUUGGGCCACAAUUGGUUUAAAACAAUACCUGACUCUGUAUUUGCACUGACAUCACUCAAAUCAAUCUGUAUGUAUAGCAAUCAACUUCAAUCAAUUCCAAGUACACUCUUCGAACGGUUAAUUAAUCUUGAAUAUAUAAAUUUUAAUCAUAAUUGUAUUAAUACAUUGAGCGAUUCAAUAUCCAACUUAGUCCAUUUGAAAUACUUGUCAAUUUCUCACAACAAAUUGACGACACUACCAGAGUCAAUGUGUUCAACGCUCAACAAAUUAGAAUAUUUAAAUCUAGGUUACAAUCAUAUUUUGAUAUUACCAUUUGAUUUUGGUCUACUACAAAAUAUGAAAACACUUAUUUUACAUAAAAACUUCAUAACACGAUUACCUGAGACAUUCGGGCAACUAAAAGCAUUGAAAGUUUUAGACAUAGCUGGUAAUAAUUUACAACUUUUGCCAUUCAACUUUACACAGUUGAAAUUAAAAGAAUUCUACGCUGAAGCUAAUCCAUUCACACGAAAUGAUUUAUUUACUUCAACGUAUAAAGAAAAUGUUUUAACAUUAAAAGAAAUUGUUUUGAGAAAAUUAUGCUUCCUAGGAUUGAUUCAUAUUGGAGUUAGUAAUCAUUGGUUAGAAAGUGUUAUAGGAUCAAAACAAUGGCAAUCAGCUGGAUUUUGUGCUCUUUGUAAGAAUCCAUUUGUAACCUGGUGGUUAGAGGCUGUCCGAUUUGUUAAUCGUAAAGAGUUGAUUAUCUGCAAAAAAUCUCAACUGAAUAAGAAACCAUCCGAAGUGUUAUAUCCAUUGAGAACUUUAUUUUGCAGUUAUCAUUGCAUAAAUUCAAGUGAAAAUUGUUAUGAAUUAGGUGUUGGCUAGCGUCCGAUUCAUAUGAAGAACAUUCAUGGGUGAUUGGCAAAAUUUAUAGCUUAGAAGGAACAUUUUAAAGUGAUGUAUUCAACUGAUCCGAAUAAUUUAUUCAUGAAACAUUCAUUGCCAUACUAGACAAUAGGUUAAGUGUAUUCUUCCAUGAUAGAUAACUUCUUUUUGAAGUAUGCGAGGAUGUUGUUGUUGUCAAGCGAGACACAUUCAAAACCUCAUAAUUCAAGCAUUCAAUACAGUGAAAACAACACCUUCAAAAUCACACCAAUGAUGUUAUGGGUCAUAUGAUGUUUUUUAUUGUUUAGCCUUUCGAGGAAAUCUUGUUUGCUUUUCUCUAUUUUUAGUCAUU